AUGGCUCCCAGCGCACCCAACCCGGCGGCCUCCGCACCCGUCAAAAAGACGUCCGUCCCAGAGAAGAAAUACAAAUGCCAAUUUUGCAAUCGCGCCUUCAGCCGAAGUGAACACCGCAGCAGACACGAACGAUCGCAUACCAAAGAGAGACCCUUCAAGUGCUUAAAAUGUCGGAGCACCUUCGUGCGUCGAGACCUUCUUCUUCGACAUGAUCGUACUGUCCAUGCCAAAGAUGGUGGCAUUCCACUAGUGUCCGAGGGCAGGCGACGCGGUGGCGCAGGUGUGCGAAAGACUUCCCCCACCUCCGGCCCCGCCAGCAAACCCUCAGUCACAGUCGAUCCUACUACGCUCGAACAGAUCGAGGCAAGCAGUGAUGCCGCUGCGACUGGUCAAUCCAACGAUCGUGCUGAUUCCGAUCGCUCAUUUUCCCCCGGACGCGGUUCGUUAUUAGAGCCUUCGGUCGGGUAUCUGUCUGGAAACGCGACACUCCCGCAAAUGCCCUGGGACACCCUUGUCUCGCCGGCUGAUACAAAGCACUCGAUGGGGUCGCCCUUCGCGUCCCACGAUGGUGGAGCCGAUUCGCAUCCACUCCCGUCAGUGAUGGAUCGGCACGGUCCCGUAGGCGAUGGUUUGGCUCCCUCGCUCCACUCUCUGGUCAACUCGCUCCCCAUGUCGGGAACCUCGACGCCGAAUGCUUUGUCCCCGUAUCCUUCGAUGACGGGUCCUGUCAGCCCUGUGAACUACCGUAGAUCCCCUGGUCCCAGCCAGGCCUUGACACUGCCCAAGGCUCCUCAAAUCGCCAGCGAAACGGAGCGGAACAUGAUCAUGGACCGCCUAGAGGAUGCCGACUCGCUUGGUGUACUGCCCGACUCAUUCCAGCUGCCCCCCACAUCUGCACUCAACAAGUACCUGUCGACGUAUUUCAACCUGUAUCACCCUCAUCUUCCCUUCCUGCACCAGGAGUCCUUCCAGCCCGCUGAAGUCUCGGCGCCUCUGCUUCUCGCGGUUCUCUCUAUCGGUGCUUUGUAUACUUUUGAGAGGAAGGACGCGUUUAUGCUUCAUGUGGGGUCCAAGAUGCUGGUCAACCAAUUCCUGCAACACAAGGAAAACUUUGACUCAAGAAAAUGUCCGCUGUGGGCGAUGCAGAGUACCCUUCUCAACAUGAUCUUCGAGAGUUGGAGCGGCGACCCAAAGGGACUGGAGUGGACUUGCUCCAUCAAGAGUCUUUUGGCCAAUAUGGUUGCUGGAAAUCGCUAUCAACUGAAGCUUCGCACUGAGGGUCGUGAGGGUAUCCCUUCCAGAGAGGAUUGGAUUGAGGAUGAGUCUUGCCGCCGUACCUAUUUCGCAGUCUACAUCUUCUUUGGCAUGCUCACCUUGACUUUCAAUCACACCCCAGCGAUGAGCUUCGACGAGUUUGACAAUCUUGAGCUCCCUUCUUCCGAGUCUUUGUGGAACCUCGAUGUGACCGACGACGACGCUUGGCGCCGGAGCCUGGCCAAUGCUUCCACCUUGACCGUUCGAGAAGCCCACGAUUGUCUUUUCCAAGGCGAGCAGACCCGAUACAGUGCAUUCGCCACACGCGUUCUCAUCAACGCUCUGUUUCUCCAAGUGUGGAACCACAAGCGCAGUUUCGAGGCUCUGCAGGACGUGGUUACCGAGUACAAGCUUCGCCUCGCUUUGGAAACCUGGGAAAGCUCUCUUGAAGUCUGCGAGCCGGAGACGAUGGUGGUGCCCCUCAGCACCCCUCAGAAGGGCCACCCUCUGAUCUUCAACUCGAUGGCGGUCUACCGAAACACUCGCGCUCGCCUGGAAGUGGAUCUCAAGUCGAUCCAGGAGGCUCUGCGCUACCACUCUUCGUACGAAGUGGCUGCUGCCAUGACGGUGGCCCGCGAGAAGGUCAAGCGGUCUCAAGAGAUGAACAAGGUCAUACAAUCGUGCUUCGAGUGCAUCGAAAUAGCGGCCGUUCAAGGUAUUAACUGGGUGGCGCAGACGUCUGCCACGAACUGGAGCGUCGAGCACCCACUGUGUGGCUUGGAUUUGAUGGUGAUCCUCAGUCUCUGGCUCUAUCGCCUGGAACAUGACGAAGAGCCAGCGACCGAGGCGGAAAUUGCCAUCUACAACAAGGUGCGGAAUCUGUUUGACGAUGACGCCGUCGAUGCUUUUGGUAAACUCAGCUCUACCGUGGCCCGUGUAUGGGGUAAUAUCCUAGACGGUGUGGUAGUAUGGGGCAUUACCAAGCUCAUGGGCGAGUCAUUCAAACUCCAUUCGCAAGCCUUGAUCGGCUACGAGGAUUCGUUGCGCGUUGCCAAAGACCAGCCUAUUCAUGCAAUGCCUCCCAAGACGUUGGCCAGUGUGGGAACGGCAUACUAAUGCUGCACAUGCCACGGCCAAGGUGACCCCGGUUGCGUGAAACACAUACACUUCUCUACAUUCAUUCAACAUCAUAUUUGGGACACUGGAUUUCGGUUUAGGGUCGGGAACGGAUGCGC